UAAAUCAGAUAAAAAUAUUUAUACCUAGAUCUAUGAAAUGGAGCAUAACAGAGUGCCUUGAUUGUAACACUUCACAUGAGAGGUGAGGUGGCUAGGAUAUUUGUGUUUUAAACUAGGUUGUGACGUGACAAGAACUUCAAGACACUUAGGCCACGAUUACCAUCAUAAACUUUUACUUUUAGAAAUUGUGUUGUUUAGAAUGUACUUGGUUCUAUAUGCACCUGUGAUUUUUACCAGGAAGUGCGAAUGUAUUGAUUGAAGUACCUAAAUCUCGCGCAUGCGUGUCCUUUGUGUACACACAUAGGACUCGGAUAACAAAGCAAUGGCUUCACCUCCUCAGACGGGUGUACCCUACCUGGCCAUGAAUUCUAACCAAGGUCCUGCUCCACAGUUCACAUUGGUCAAUAUGGGCCAAGGUGGCAACAACUAUGUACAGGCUCCAGCGCAGAAUCAGAACUCAACGACCAACCUCGAUGUAUUCAUGUGGGUGCUGACAGCUUUCUCUACAGUGGUGGCCUGUCCCAUUGGAAUUUUUUCCAUAUGUUAUGCGUACAUGUCCAAGAAUGAAGCAUUUUAUCCAAUGAGGAGAUACUACAGAUUUACUGCCAUGCUGGUGGCGGCUGUAGCCGUGUUUUCUUUUGUAAUCACGGUCACCUGGACCAUGGCCAUAUUUGCAAGAUACGACUGAUGAAUAACUCCUAUCGGACGUUUGUGCUCAGACGCGAGGGUAUCCAUUUCAGGACAAUGUGAAAGAUAUAUCCUCAUUAAGAGUGUAUUUAUAAAUAUGUCUAGACAUAAUUAUUUUGUAUUUCUGAUUCGAUUAUUUGAUAUGUAUACCUAUGUUUAACUGGAUGUGUACUUUUAAUGCAAAGAAGAACAUCUGAUGUGUUUUUGAAACUCUAUGAGUAAACAUAUGUACUAAUUUA